GCUUCCGGGCUAGGCCGUCCCUGCCCGCCCCCGCCCCGCCUCCCUUCCGACCGCUCAGUCUCCGGCCCGGCUCUCGGUCUGACUCCCGCUCGGCCCACAGCUGCUCGCUGUCGUCCCGGCCCGCACUGCGGCCCCGCCGCCGCCACCAUGUCCCUGCACGGCAAACGGAAGGAGAUCUACAAGUAUGAAGCGCCUUGGACCGUCUACGCCAUGAACUGGAGUGUGCGGCCCGACAAGCGCUUUCGCCUGGCGCUGGGCAGCUUCGUGGAGGAGUACAACAACAAGGUUCAGCUCGUUGGCUUGGAUGAAGAGAGUUCAGAGUUUAUUUGUCGAAACACUUUUGACCAUCCUUACCCCACCACAAAGCUCAUGUGGAUCCCCGACACAAAAGGCGUCUAUCCAGACCUACUGGCAACAAGUGGCGACUAUCUCCGUGUGUGGAGGGUUGGUGAAACAGAAACCCGGCUGGAGUGUUUGCUAAACAAUAACAAGAACUCCGACUUCUGUGCUCCCUUGACGUCCUUUGACUGGAAUGAGGUGGAUCCUUAUCUGUUAGGUACCUCCAGCAUUGAUACGACUUGCACCAUCUGGGGACUGGAGACAGGGCAGGUGUUGGGCCGCGUGAAUCUUGUGUCUGGUCACGUGAAAACCCAGCUCAUCGCACAUGACAAGGAGGUCUAUGAUAUUGCAUUUAGUCGGGCUGGGGGCGGCAGGGACAUGUUCGCCUCUGUGGGCGCUGAUGGCUCGGUGAGGAUGUUUGACCUCCGCCAUCUAGAACACAGCACCAUCAUUUAUGAAGACCCACAGCAUCACCCACUUCUUCGGCUCUGCUGGAACAAGCAGGACCCGAACUACCUGGCCACCAUGGCCAUGGAUGGAAUGGAGGUAGUGAUUCUGGAUGUCCGAGUUCCCUGCACACCUGUCGCCAGGUUAAACAACCACCGAGCAUGUGUCAAUGGCAUUGCUUGGGCCCCACAUUCAUCAUGCCACAUCUGCACGGCAGCGGAUGAUCACCAGGCUCUCAUCUGGGACAUCCAGCAAAUGCCCCGGGCCAUCGAGGACCCUAUCCUGGCCUACACAGCUGAAGGAGAGAUCAACAACGUGCAGUGGGCUUCGACUCAGCCCGACUGGAUUGCCAUCUGCUACAACAACUGCCUGGAGAUCCUCAGAGUGUAGCACUGGCGGCGCCUUGCCCACGCGGCCGGGGCUUGUGUGUUUCCUGCCUCUGCCCCGUCCCCAAAGUAAGAAGCAACGUGUUUCUGGUGGCCAGUAUGUCUUUCAUUGCUUUGCACCACUGUUACCAGAAGCUGUUGUAGGAGUUCCUGGCCAGUCAUCCCAUCGCUGUCUGUGCCAGGCUCAGUGCUGUUGGCGCCUCCUCAGCCCAGGGCUGAGUUUUAAGAUUUUUCUCUCCUUUCCUCUUCUCCUUUGGUUCCAUUAAAAUUUUCUGUAUAUUUGUUUGUCAGCCAUUGUGUUAAUGAGCAUUACAGGCGCUGGCUGUGUUUGUAUUCAUCUGCCCCAGAUGCGUCUUCUCUGUCUGCUGCCCAAGGCAGCCAUCUGUGUCCGUGUCAUGUUAGCACUUAAGUGGGAACAAGUACCAAUUUGGAGUUCUUUCCUCUUACUAUCUGUGUCUUUAACAAAUUCCAACUUUGUAUAUUUUUUACCUAUCAGGCUAAUUUUUUUAUGAAAAGAAUUUUACUCUUCCUAGUUUCUGCCUUUGUUUCCUAGUCUACCCUCUUAGCACUUCCUCUCUCCCCUCAGUGCCUGGCUCUGGCACUGGACCCUUGACCCCAUGAGCAGUUUGCCUUUUUGAAUCACUGCCUGCGUGCAGCGUACCUGACCAGGAGUCCCAAACCGCCCCGGUGCUCUGAAGGCGGCCAGCUCUCUCAUCUUGUCUCAGCUUGCGUCUUCACAGGGCAUCCUGGGCUUCAAAACAGGCCUGGGAAGCCUUCUGUUACUUCCUGAAGUACCUCUGUCCAAUCCCAGUGGGACCUACUAGGAAUGUGUUAGAACUGAGAGAGACGGCGUGCCUGACUUGAAGGGAAUGAUUUCAGGAAAGCUGAGCUUAGAGCACAUUUCCAGUACACAGUUUCCUUGUCUGUUCUUCUCUCCAGAUAUAAGCUGCAGGCCAUUUUCUUUCAUGGCUUGAAUGAUAGGCAAGCACAAUCUGUAAGCUGAACUUUAGUAUCUCUGUUUGGUUGCUUUGCUGUGACUGGCGGUUGGCCGCUCUUGGAGCGCCAUGGGGUGAGAGAGUCCUGCUUGAGAGGCACAUCAUCAGUGCAUCUGAUCCUGAACAAGGUCUCCUGUCGAGUGUGGGAGACCACCAGCCCCUGGACGGAGUGGACUGACGGCUGCGAUAAUCCCCAGCCAUCCAGUGAAUAGAGAGCUGCAGGGCCAGCCAGCUCGUGCACAGUCACCCCCUCCCCACCCCGUUCAGGUUCUGGGCAGUAUUGGACUUGCGAGCUGCAGUGUCUGUUUCCGUUAUGUGGAUGAGUUCCACGGAGGGGGCUUGUGUGUGAUUCCAGUAGGGGGUGAGUCUUUCGGCAGGCGGAGUUCGGGACAUGCUCAGAGCCCAGGGGAACUUGGGUCUGUUGCACGUCUGUUGAGUAGGAGAGGAGCAGACCUCAAGGCUGGUGGUUUUGUCUGUUUGGGCCCAAAGUCACAGCUCUUCACUUUACUACACAAGGGCUCAUUCAUAAAAAGGGGCUCUCUUCUUAGUGUAGUUCCCCUUCUACUUUUUCACUUUCUUAUUCUGGAUUUGGGGCCUCUUAGCUUGCCAUCCAUUUGAGGUUGACUUUUCUGCAUUUGCUACCGGAUUUGCUCUGUGUCAUUUGGCUACGUGAAGCAAGCGAUUCUUGGUCAAACCCUUCUCUGCUUGCAAUUGUAUUUGCUGGUUUCAGGAUCCUUCUCUUAAGGGUAGCAAGUCUGAGUGGAUGGUUGGUUGCUCUAGGAGGCAUCAAGUCCUUCCCAUGGAAAAGGCUCUGAAAUGGAGGUCAGAGGUGAUAGGAGGGGCAGGGCCUGCUGGGGCACCGAGUUCUAAGUAAGAUUCCUGAUCUGCACUUAAAUGUGGGCUGAAUGGUGAGAAGAUUUGUCAACCGGAAUUCAAGAACAAGGGGAAAAUAUUAGUCGAUAGUAAUUAGAAUAUGCUUGCAUAAUGUUGCUAUUUACUCUGGAAAUGAACAACUUGGGUGGUGGUGUUUCCUUGCCCGGUGGACUCCCAGCCCUCUCACCCUCCCUGGGCCCUGCAGUGCGGCCCUCCUCCCGACAUCCCACCUGGAGCCCAGGCAGACUCACCAGUCCUCCUGAGCAGACACACACAGUCACAGUUGCUGAGAUGCUGGUAUUUUGAGGUCCCAGUCCUCUCUGUUUUUACCAGAUGGCCCCAUGGCUGAAUCUGGGGGAUUUCUGUAGCCUCAAGAUUUAAAAAGCCUCUUAGCCAAGCAUGCUCCAGGAAGUGGAGAUCUGUUGUAGUCUCAAAGGCAAGUGUCUGUUUCAUUUGUUUAGGUUUUCAAAUUGACACCCAGAGGGAAUGGGUGGGAGGCUCUGCAUCUGUUAUCCUCAAGUGUGACAGGAGCAGUGGCCGGCACUUCCCUGGGAAGGCCAGGCGGCAGCACCAGCAUGGGUGGGCGCUGACUCUCCUGGCAGUGGCCCUUUGAUGUGCGCCCUGGGCCGAGGCUGCCUGUUUUCCUCGUCUGAGGUGCUGAGUAAAUCUGGCCUCAGGUAAUGCAUCAGAGAGUUGGUGAAUGGGUACAAGCCCUUCAAGGGCUUGAAUAUUUACACCCAGAAGAGGUGGAACUCUCUCCUUCCAGGGAGGAAUGAGGCAGCAAGUCAGCAAGUCGAAGACUUGAAGAGGGAAGAUACUUGAUAACUGGGUGAGAAUUUCUAUCAGAACCAGAAUCAGCUCUCAAAGAAUUGAUUACGAUUUGGGAAGAAACAGAAAAAAUUGAGACUCCUACAAGGUUUUGAUGAUAGUUUCAGCUGAUUUUUUGGAGAAGGUUUAGGAUUUGGGAGAAAAUCAAUGGUAAGUGUUUCUUUAGUGUAUCUCUAGAUAUAAAAAGAAAAUAAUAGAGGGCAGAAAAGGCCUGAGGUGGCCACGGAAUGAGACUGUGCCCUCGGCCUGUGUCAGCCUUUCUGGGCCAUUCAUCGGGUGUGGGCUGGGUAACUGGGGACAGGAUGACAGCUCAGGGCAGAGGAGCCUCUUCCUGCAGUAGUGCAGCCACCGGUGGUAUUUGGUGGCAGAGAUCUACAGGUGUCGGGAGCCCGGUGACCAUUUCAGACCAUGGCCUGUUUUGGUUGUAGGUUUGAACAGAGCCGAGGAAGCAGAGGUUGUACCAGUCAUGCCCACGUGUCUCCCCCUCCUUUUUCUUAUCUCUUCCUCUGGCCUUGCUGCCAUGGAACCUUCUCCCUGCUGCAGCCUGGGCCUCGAAUUCUGAGGCUGUAAGGACAGUGGGAGCUGCAGGAUUUACCACACUGGGAGGGCCAGCCCCAGUACGGUCCUGCCACCUUCCCUGGUUUGAGGAUAUGGCAGCUCCUUUGCCUGCCUGGCUUGGGGUCAGGGAGACCCUUCAAGUAGACGCCUCUCUCAAAGCAGACACUUCCCUUUACUCUGCACUCCCGGAUAAGGAAGGCGGGUCGUGCCUGGCAUGAUUUCCCAGGGAAGAGUGCUGAGCUGAGCAGUCACUGUGAACCCCGGACAAGGCUCUCUGUACCGGCUGGGCCAGCUGCCCAGUGUCUCAUGUUGCAGAGCCUUGCCCACCUCUCCCUCCUGCACCCUCUUCUCCCACCAUUGUCAUUGCCGCUGGCACUCAAAGUCAAAGGUGUGGCUACACAGUAUGGGCCCGGUCCUCUCAGGCUACUUUGCAGAUAUUUUUUUUUUUAAGUAUGGAAACAUGCAGGUGACUUCCCAAAGAGGCUUGUGCUGGUGUAUCAAACCAGAAGCAGAUAAGCUAGCGAAAGUAUGAACUUAAGAAGAAAGACGUUGGCAGUCUGUAACGGCUGGAAAACUCACAAGGACUCACCUUGAGGACAACCCAGUGAAUAUGGACUUGUGGUGUCUGCUACUUAAGAGAAACGUUCUCACCUGGGAUUGGCUGUGGCAGUACAGUGUGGGAUGGAACUUGUUGGCCUAAAGCUUAGACUUGCUUGAGUUGAGUAUGAAUCACUUGCUUCGGUUCCUGUGUAUUUUAUGACCCUGUCAGUGACUUUUCCUCCCCUGCUCCCCCGAGUGUGAACUUGUAGCAUGAUUGUACAAACCUCUUUGUAGAAAAUGGAGAUUUCUUGUUCUCUGAAAUGUUAAGCUCUAGCCAAUCAAUUUCUGUCCCCUUUAGCCUAGUGUGUCUGAACUUAAUUUCUUGGUAUAUAUUUAAACUUUUCCUCUAUUCUGUAGGUUUUGUGACGUCCCCUGGUCAGGUGGAGAGGAAGCUGCCCCCUUGCAGAACUGUACUAUCACCAUUUUCUUUUUAAAUAUUAUUGUCACAGGGCUGAUUGUGCACAGGGCUUGUAAUAAAAUGUUAACACUGCGCUGUGAAACCACAAUGGUAAAUCUCCAUUGAAGGCUACUUCAAAGGCACCUGAAAGUGGAGUGUUACAUCUAUGACUUUAUUUCUUGCUUCCUGAGUAUAUUAAACCUAAUUUUCACCCUUUCAUUCUGUUUCAGCCUCCUGUAUAAGAAGUACCGUAUUUUCUGCCCAUCAUACUUUGUAAUAAAACUUGAACAUGUAUAGAUUGAA